AUGAUUAUAGAAAAUUCAGUGAAUGAUGAAAGUGCUCGAGCCUUGAUACUAGGGUGCUUUCCAAAAAAUGUACUGAGCUUUCAGGAUUCUCAAGAUUUCUUCCAGCAGAUUGUAUUCAUUGACUACGAAAUGCUUUUGCUUAUAGAGAGCAGCUUUAAUGGAAAUGAACUAGAUGGAUCAAAGGUUUUGCUGAAUGUUCAAAUUGGAAGUGUUUCGGAGAAGAUAGAUCAGCUCCUUAAUUAUAUAAGAUCAAUAGCAGCCAACUAUUCGUCCAAGCCGUAUGAAGAAAUUUUGUAUUAUUUGGUUGUCGUUGCCCAUUUAAAUCAUUUGAAGGGAGAUAAUGAAUUGUUUGCGGCGGCCUUGAAUGAGAUAAGAGAUUUGCCUAAACCGAGCUUCAAUUCUACUGUAAUGCACGAGUUUGCUCAAUACCUUUUUUGUAGGUAUUGUGCAUUAUAUGGGUUAAUAGAUGUGAAGUAUUGGAUAAAUUAUUUACGUGAUCUUUCUCCAGAAGCUAAUAACUCACACGUUGCACUAAUGUAUUGGAGAGACUUGAUAUUUUCAAGGUUGGCUCAAGCUAUAUCUCGUAAUGGAUCUCAUCUUAUUUCGUACUCUGACAUAAAAAGUCAGGAAUUCUUUUCAAACAGGGUGUCGACAAUCAAUUUCUGUGGUUAUUUAUUAAGUAAAGAAAAGUAUCUUUUGUUGGAUCCUAAAUUUAAAAGUGAAUUCAGUCACUCUAUAUCUGAAGAAAUAGAGAAGCAUCUCUCUCAGAAGAACUCAAUAUCAGAUGCGACAUCGGGUAACGACGACUUAGAUUCGUACGUGGGAACUCUUUAUAAUAACUUAAUGAAAAUAUCUGAUAUUGAUCAUAUUUUAAAAUAUCACCUAUCAAAGAAAUUUUUGAUCAGCUGUAUGUCAAGAACAUAUCAAAGCAGAAUAGUUUUGUCAAAUUUAGUGAAGGUUUUGAUACAUGUAAACGAGUAUGACGAGGCGAUAGCAGCAUUCAAAAUAUACAUAAGUUACGAAAAGAAGGAACAAGUACAAGGUCGCGGACAUAUCGAUGACAUUGUAUCGGUAGUUGACCUUUAUUCCUUUUGUAUCGAGAAGUUUAAUCCUUUGAAAUCAAUCAUUGGUAGAGCUGAGGCAUCUCAGAAGUUCAAAUAUACAAACAUUAAUUCUGUCUUAAAGUCCUUGAAAGAAUUCAUUGAAGACUUGAAAUGGUAUUUGAAUACAUUAUCCGACAGCCUUCAUUUGUCAUAUGAUGAGGAAGAUUCAGAGCUAGCUGAUAAUCCUCUUUCUUUUCUUAUUCAAUCAUACAAUCCUCAUGCCGAACUGCUAAGGAACGCAACGUUACCAAUUUUGAUUUCAAAGGGUUGGUUUUCGAUAGGUUACUAUUACUAUUAUUUAUCCAUAUAUAACGCCUCGAACUAUGAGCAGCUUGAGGGAUUCAAUAAGGCAACUUUGGAGUUUUAUAAGAGGUGUUUGAUCAUAGAGCCAAAUGGUUCUUUACACUAUGCGUUUAACUACGCGUUAGUUUUGGCUCAUAGUAAAAAAUUGAAGCCGGCUUUAAAAUUUUGCAAACAUAUUCUAAAACAUUAUCCAGAAUCUUUCAAAACCUGGAACUUAUUGGUAUUGUUGAUGUCGUCUUUUGAAACAAAUAACCCGGCUACAUUUAAGACUAAGAAUAACGAGGACAAAGUGGAAAGCAAUGGAACUAUUAGGGCUACUUCAUUAACUUCUUUGAGGGAACUGGAAAAAUUCAUAAAUAAUGCGUUGAAUAUUUCCAGUAUAUAUAUAAUUGAACAGCGAAAUCAAAUGAAGACUAUUCAUAAUGAAGCGAAACAUGAAAUUUUACAGUUAAAACUUACCCAAUUGGCUGUCUGGGAAUCAAUUUACGGCACUCAAUAUAUAUUGGAAUUCAUAUCAGAGGUUUUCUUACUUUAUAACGAGCUAUUUGAUUUGCAAGUUGAAAAGAAUCAUAAGACAAUCUCAGCUAUGACGAGUGAGGCUAGAUGGUCACAUCGACCGAGCUUUAUUGACCCACAUCCUACCGUGCCAUCGUCUAAUGGGACGUCUGUCCAUGGGAAUAUAAUGCUGAGUGAUAAAAUGAAAAAACUUUCUCAGCCUAAAGAAAAAAAUAAAAAGCCAAUAAACAAUGCUGUCACGUCACUGACAAGUGCUUCAGACAAAAAAUUCGAGCAAUCUACGUUACAAGAAAUUUGGCUAUGGACUGCUAGUAUAUAUUUAAGGUCAGGCUCUUUAGAAGAUGCUGAGCAAUGUAUUGUGGAAGCCGAGUCGGCUUUUGAACCUAACUUCAAAACUUUCACUGCUCUUGGAUUGUUGACGUCUAAGGAGAGAAAAUUUUUAUCGUUACAGGAAUACGAAAAGUCAUUGGAAGUAUUAAGUUCCAAAAAUUUUAUUUAUAAUAAAAAGGACUACGGUAAUACCUUGUUGGGAUUGGGGAAAUUAUUCAUCUUAGAUGAUGAACUUGACAAUUCUUUAUUCAUAUCAAACAAGGAUAUGAAUGCAGGUAUCAUCAGACUAAAAAACCUUUUGGAGAAGUUUACUUUAAGCUGGCCAUAUGGUCAUAAUGAUUCUGAAAUUUGGUGGAUUCUAUCGAAGAUUUACGAAAAGAUUGACGACAAAGUAAUGUUGAACAAAAGCUUAUGGAACUGUAUAGAUUUGGAAGAUUAUAGGCCAGUCAGAAAGUUCGAAUGUUGUGAAACAUUUCAUAAUUAA